AUACCAGCAAAAACCCUGACAGGCACAAAACUUCCACUCAUAAUCUACUUGCAUGGAGGUGACUUUGUUCUGUAUAGUGCAUCAACUGUCGUUUAUCAUGAAUUCUGCAACAAUUUGGCCAUCCUGUUCCCGGCAGUGGUAGCCUCCGUUGAAUAUCGGCUGGCCCCUGAAAACCGCCUCCCUGCAGCUUAUGACGAUGCCCUGAAUGCUAUCUUCUGGGCUAAAAACCAGGCACUGAAAGUCGGAGGUCGUGAUCCAUGGUUAGAGUAUGCUGAUUUUUCUAGGGUUUUCAUUAUGGGCAGCAGUGCAGGUGCCAACAUAGCUUACCAUGUAGCCCUACGUGCACUGGAUUUUGAUCUUGGACCACUAAAAAUAAUAGGACUGCUAAUGAACCAGCCAUUUCUUGGUGGACUUCAAAGGACUCAGUCAGAGCUUAGGCUAGAAGAGGAUAAAUAUGUGCCUCUGUAUGUAUGUGAUGUAUUGUGGUCAUUGGCAUUGCCACAAGGUACCAAUCGAGAUCAUGAAUAUUGUAAUCCAAUAAAUGGUGGGAAUUACCUCGGAAUAGUCCAACGUUUGCCAAGAUGCUUCGUGAAAUCUGAUAUAGGAGAUCCAAUGGUUGAUCGGUCAAUGCAGUUAGUACAAUUGUUGCAGUCAAAUGGAGUGCAAGUAAUUUAUCAGUUCAAUCGAGAAGGCUAUCACGGUAAGGAACUACUAGAUAAGACAGCCGCUAAAAAUUUGUAUGAUGAUAUGAAGGAUUUCGUCUACUCUACUAAACCAGCUGAAAAUUAAAAUGGAUGUUGUCAUGGUUCCAAGCAACGCUUUUGAGUCUCCAAGCUAGAUUGGCAGUGGCGCUUGCUUCUAAUAUUGGACCUGGAGUUGGUCAAGGGACUGUUGUGGAUCAAGCCGUAGAGGGUAUCGUGAGACAGCCACAAGCUUCUAAAAAGAAGAAAAAUCUACGUCUCUCUUUUUUUCCUUAUGUCGCCUCUUUAUUGGUCAAAAACGUUUAGGGAUAUAUCUGAAAAAUAUUACGACUGCUCUGUGUUCUAUGGAGUUGUUAUGUUGGCUAUAUGUAUGAACUAUGAUCAAUUUUUGUUAUUGUUGAAAUAUACGAAAAAAUAUAUUGAAUUAAGAUAGUGUUAAGUAA